UCUCUCUCUCUCCACGAAUAAGAAUUUGAAAAACAUUAUUAUAAUUAAAAAAAGAAAGUAAAUUUUAGAAAUUUAUAUAUAUUAAAAAAAAAAAAGGCAAAGCCAAAAGGAAAGGUGGAGAGUCCACAAUAAUUGGCAUCAAAUGCUUAUGGGGAUUCGCACUGUUGCUGAAUUCCAAGAUCUGCAAUAAUCAUCAAUUAUUCUUUUUUAUUGAAAAAAAAAACAUAACAUUUAUAAUUUAAAUAAAAAAAUAAAUAAAAAUUGAAGCUUUUUUUUUUUUUUUUGGUUUUCUCAGCUUCCCCAUUGGAGGAGCUCAACUAAGCUCUUUAAGCUAUCUGUUUGUCUUUCUUUGGGGGAGAGAGGCGGAAAGUGAUAGUGAUUAACAAAAACAAUCGUACCAUAGUCCAUUAAAACAUAUAUAUUUGAGCUUGACAUCUUCUCCCAACACAGAAAAACAAAACAAAAAAAUCAAUUUUUUUUUUGAGAAUAAAGAUAUACAAAAACUUGGCAGCCAAUUAGGGCUUCGUCGGAAAGUUGGUUGCACCAAGGGAAAAGAGAAAAGAAAGUUAAGGGUUUGUUUUAGCUUUAUCUCUAUCACUCUUCCACUACCACUGGUACCUGUUUUUGGUGCGUGUAAGGUUUGUUUUUGUUUUUCUCAGCCAUUUUUGGAGUUUCUUCGGUUUUCUAUGGAGGUGGUUCGGACACGGAUGAAAUGGGGUUUUGAAUUUUUCGGGUUUAAUCUCUGAAAAGUUGGGUUCUUUUGAGGUUUUUGGUAGUUUUUGGCGGUGGGUUGUGCUUAUUUUGUAUUGGGUGUUUUUUAAAUUUUCUUUUGGGUUUGAUUCUUUGGAGCUUUGAAAUUCAGGGGAAUUAAGAAGGAAAGGGAUGUUUUAUCAGGUGGUGGUAGUUGUGCUGAAAUUUUAAAUUUUUGUUAUGGUGGUGUGAGGUUUAACUAUUGUUGAACCAUGGAAUCUUUGGUUCUUUUGCGCUAAAGCUUGAAGGUUUUGGUUUUGGAGCUGAUAAGAGUUCUUGAUUGGUUGAGGGUUUUGAAGGUUGUGUGAGUUUGGGAAAGUUUUGGUACCACUUUUUUCAGAGGUUUCUUUUUCAAACUUUUGCAUAGGAGGGAGAGCUGGGAUUAAGCUGAUUUGGAUAACUUAUUCAUUUCUUUGAAGGGAGUUGAGAAUUGCUUAAUGGUGGGGGUUAUGGUUUAUUAGAGAUUCUGGGGAGAAAUUUUGUUUUGGCAAAGAAAAUGGCAACUGAGUCAAACGCAGGGUAUCACUGUGAGGAAACAUUCAGUUCUGCUUUGAAUCGACACGCAAUCUCUUUUCAGUCUGGGGCCAUUAACAGCACCUGUGAGAUGCUUCCCAUGGGGAAUUUUUAUGCUGUGAAUAGCAGUGCAGCAGCAACACCAGCAGGCAUGGUGUUCUCUGGGAGUAGUUCUAGCAUCAUUAGUAACAAUCCUGUGAUUAGUCAAGCUGGCAGUUCUUCUAGUGGCUCUCUUCUUCUUGAUUCAGUGCCGGGGCUCAAGCAUGACGCGGGGUUGGCUGUUGAAUGGUCUGUGGAGGAGCAGUGCAAGUUGGAGAGAGGCCUUGUCGAAUAUGCUAGUGAACCGAGCAUAAUGAAGUACAUCAAGAUUGCUGCCAUUUUGCGAGAUAAAACUGUUCGUGAUGUUGCUUUGAGGUGUAGGUGGAUGAUGAGGAAGCGGAGGAAACCGGAUGACCUUAUUUUGGGGAAGAAAUUGAAUAAUAGAAAGGAUAAGCUUGUGGAAUCAUCUUCAAAGCCAAGUAUAGUCUCUGUUCCAUCUUUCGACAUGACUGGAUAUCCUUUUAUGAUGAAUCAUAUGGGCCAGAAUGGAUGCUUGCCUUUCGAAGUCUCAGGAAUGAGUAGCACAGCCAAGCAUCUAUUGGAACAAAAUGCUCAAACUCUUAGUCAAAUCACAACUAAUCUCUCCGCUUACAAGUUACAGGACAACAUUGAUCUCUUCUGUUGUACGAGGAACAACUUAAAUUCCAUCCUGAAUGACAUGAGACAUAUGCCUGGCAUAAUGAGCCAGAUGCCUCCGCUUCCUGUAUCGAUUAACGAGGAUCUUGCAAAUAGUAUUUUGCCUAAUACAAUUUAGGUAAGUUCUCAUUGUGAAUGACUCACACCGAACACUUCAUAUCGUGUUAACGCACACUAGUAGUACUAAAUGCUUAUCAAGAAAACCGAAGGGUCAAGGGAGAGUUGUGAGUAGGGGGAAAGACUCGGUGAUGUCUUUCGCCAUUUUUCAUGUAGGCUUUAUUUUUGAACUACAAAUUCGAAGUAUUUCUUUUCAUAAUCGCGCGCCUCUCGCGCCUAUGUUGUUGCAAUGCAACAUCAAUUAUAUGCAUUUCUUUGGAUGUUAAAUCUAUCCUUGUGAAUAAUAAUAAUAAUAAUCUUUUGUCUAGAAAUUCAUAGGUCCGGAUCCGCCGGCAUAUAUUUUUUCUUUUCUGUGGUUGAUUUUGCAUUUGGGUUGUCUUUAGGUUCUUCUCAUUGGUUCUUGUGAUGUUGGGUGAAUAUGAAUAAUAAUGCACAACAAAUUUGGAUGUAAAGAAUUGAUUUAUUACCAAUACAAGAAGACAAAUGGAUGACCUUGAUGGGAGUGUACCUAAUAGUUGAGCUUCUCUCAGUGUACUUGUAAGAUCUCUUUUAAUUUUAAUUUAUUUUUAUGGUUUAAAUCUUUUGAGGGAGUAAAGGAAAAAGAGUCUGUGGUGAGGACUCAGGAGCCUUUUAAUUAUAGCUUAAUUUGAAAACAUUUUACAUUAUGGACUUUUGACUGCUUCCCAUAAAAUCUUGGGCAUCAAAUUAGUCUUUUGGAGUUGGUGUUUUCUGGGUUUUUUGUACUGUUUCUGAAGAUAAAUGUACUCUUGUUAUAUAAAUAAAAAUAUAUUGUGCAGAAAA